UUUGACGGGCUAGUGGUUUAUCAAGGAAGCAACUCAUCUGGUUGGAGACGUGGCUCUGCCCGGCUGCCAUAUUGAAGCAAUAGCAACACACAGCUUAACUAGCUAUUCAACUAUAUUUUCUUUCUAAAGGCGCUUUCGAUAUACUGGAACUCGACUGAGCAAACACCAUCGGGGAUUGAAGAUCGUUUUCCUAAAGAGAAACUAAAAAUGGUGCUUUUGGCAGCGGCGGUGUGCACCAAGGCAGGCAAAGCAAUCGUGUCACGGCAGUUUGUGGAGAUGACCCGAACGCGUGUCGAGGGCCUUCUGGCCGCCUUCCCCAAGCUCAUGGGCAUGGGCAAGCAGCACACGUUUGUGGAGACGGAGAGCGUGCGCUACGUCUACCAGCCGUUGGAGAAGCUCUACAUGGUGCUGGUCACCACCAAGAACAGCAACAUCCUGGAAGACCUGGAGACACUACGGCUCUUCUCGCGCGUGAUCCCGGAGUACUGCCGUGUGCUGGAGGAAGGGGAGAUCUCAGACCACUGUUUCGACCUGAUAUUCGCCUUCGAUGAGAUCGUGGCCCUGGGCUACAGGGAGAAUGUCAACCUGGCCCAGAUCCGCACCUUCACCGAGAUGGACUCUCAUGAGGAGAAGGUGUUCCGGGCAGUCAGAGAGACCCAGGAGCGAGAGGCCAAGGCAGAGAUGCGGCGAAAGGCCAAAGAGCUGCAGCAGAUCAGGCGAGAUGCCGAGCGCUCUGGGAAGAAGGUGCCGGCUUUCGGCGGGUUUGGCAGCGCCGGGAUGAGCAGCAUGUCCUCGGGGUCGAUCAUCACAGACACCAUCAUCGAACCCGAGAAACCCAAGAUGGCUCCCGUCUCAGUCAGGCCAACCGGAUCCAGCAAAGCCCUCAAGCUGGGCGCCAGGGGGAAAGAGGUGGACAACUUUGUGGACAAGCUCAGGGGGGAGGGGGAAACCAUCAUGUCCAACACAGGGAAAAUGCCUUCGCUUGCAUCCAAUGUCCUACCGCCACCAGUUAAUGUGGAGAGUGUCCACAUGAGAGUUGAGGAGAAGAUCAGUCUGACCUGUGGACGUGACGGAGGUCUACAGAACAUGGAGCUCCUGGGCAUGAUCACCCUGAGAGUGACCGACGACAAGGUCGGCCGCAUCCGCCUGAUGGUCAACAACUACGACAAGAAGGGAGUACAACUGCAGACACAUCCCAAUGUGGAUAAGAAGCUCUUCACUUCAGACUCUGUGAUUGGUCUGAAGAACCCCGAGAAGUCUUUCCCCCUCAACAACGAUGUGGGGGUGCUGAAGUGGAGACUCCAAAGCACAGAUGAGGCCCUCAUACCUCUAACCAUAAACUGCUGGCCUUCAGAGAGUGCUACUGGCUGCGACGUGAACAUUGAAUAUGAACUGCAGGAGGAGAGCCUUGAACUCAACGAUGUAGUUAUUGCUAUCCCUAUACCGUCUGGAGUUGGGGCACCUGUGGUAGGAGAUGUGGAUGGGGAGUAUAAGCACGACAGCAGACGGAAUGUUCUAGAGUGGAGCUUACCCGUCAUAGAUGCCAAAAACAAAAGCGGCAGCCUGGAGUUCAGUAUCGCCGGGCAACCCAACGACUUCUUCCCUGUCAACGUGUCCUUCGUAUCCAUACGCAAUUACUGCGACAUACAGGUUGCCAAAGUGACUCACGUAGAAGGAGACGCACCAGUAAAAUUCUCUUUAGAAACUUCGUUCCUCGUCGACAAAUACGAGAUCCUGUAAAA